AAAAAAGAGCUGAAGCCCACUAGCUUCAGCCUGGAAGAAGACCGAUUUUCUUUCUGCCUAACACGAGGAAUUGAUACACUCGGAGUACCAAAACUGAUCUGGUUGUGUUUAUUUGCACGUCUGUCUGUUUCGCAAGUUCUAAACCAACAACAACUCUCUCAGCGCUGGCUCCCCAAGCGAGAAUUUUCGGGGAUAAUGAACACAAAAUUAUGCCAUCUCUUUCUAUUAUAUAGCCCAGCUCGCUCGAUCCAAUGGAUGAAUUUUCAUACACACUUGCAACUCUGCUGUUCAUAAGGUAGUAUGUGUUGACAGAUGCAUCAUCGAACGAUUGUUCAUUUCACAGGUGUUGUGUAUCUCUUUCACUCUACCAAGGAGAUCUAGCAACCAUCUUUAGCUUGUCAUACAAACCAAUCUUCAUAACCUAAACUCAUUGUGAUUGUCUGUACAAAAUCUACUGUUUAUGAAGUGUUAAUCUUUAUAAAGUUGGUAAUAGUUCUUCUAGAAAAAUUUAAAUCAAAUGUCGGGUAUAAAACGGGCUCGUGAGAGUGGAAAUUUGUAUCGGCGGGCGAAUAAACACAUGAAAUUGGAUACGAUGGAAAAAGAUGCACAAGAUUCAUCUUCAAUUAAAACAGUGUUGAACCCAGAGCACUUUUUACAUGAUGAAUAUGAAUCAAUCGAGGCCGAUUUGGAGCAAACAUUGGAAUCGGAUAAACCAAUGCAAAGUGAAGCUUUUCAAGAAGAGAUUGCGGACGUGCAGGAUUAUUUCAUAGAUGAUGACUUCGAUGAUGACGACGAUGAACCCGAAAAUUUCAAAUCUGCAGAAAAUAUACCUAUCAUAGAUGGAAUCAGAUACUGGGCCUUAUCAACUAAUGCUACUUAUCGUUCAAUCAACAUGAUUCUGAAGCUAUUCAAAAGAAGCAACGUGAGAGUGCCAGCCACAGCAAAAACUUUAUUAAAGAUAGAACGGAAUCAAUCGGUAAAUAAGAUCACCGAGAUCAGCGGCGGUCACUUUUGGUACAAUGGGUUCAAAAAAUGUUUAUUGAACUAUUUUCGAGAUGCAGAAUGUUCUUCCAGCCUAUUAUCGUUAACUGUGUCGAUUGAUGGGUUGCCCUUGCACAACAAUAGUAACAUGCAAUUCUGGCCUAUUCUGUUCAAAGUGCAUGAGCUGCCCCAAGCUCCAGUCAUGACAGCAGCCAUCUUUUGUGGUACGAAAAAACCACAAAAUAUUGAUGAAUAUCUUAAUCCUAUGGUAGAGGAAUUAAAUGAACUAAUCAAGAAUGGCCUUACCAUACAUGGUUCUCGUGUGAAGGUAAAGCUGCGAGCCAUCGUUGCAGAUACACCGGCAAGGGCCUUCAUAAAAGGUGUCAUUGGUCACAACGGAUAUGAAGGCUGUCUGAAAUGCACGGCACCUGGAAAGUUUUAUAAGUCAAUGACUUUUCCUGGUUUACAUGCACCUAAAAGAACAGACAAAGCAUUCAGGAGUAAUGCAUAUUCUAACCACUGCAAGGCAGUGACACCACUAUUGAAACUGGACGAAUUUGAUAUUAUCGAAGACAUAAUUGUUGCCGACAAACUGCACUUGAUUGAUCUAGGUGUCCACAAACGGUUAGUCCUAGGUUGGCGGAAUGGAUCGUUAGGAAGAAAACGUCUGACCGAUGUGCAAAUUGACCAAAUUUGUGCAGCUUUGCAGCAAAUACCACUACCUUCUGAAAUUCACCGCAAAAUACGGCCUUUAAAAUAUGCUCACUAUUGGAAAGGUUCUGAGAGUGCAACAUUUCUCAACUAUGUUGGUUUUGUAGUUCUAAAACCUCAUCUACCAGACGACGUUUAUAAGCAUUAUAUGCUGUUAUUUUGUGCAGUCACGUUACUUUCAUCCAACGUGUACAAAGAUAAGUGGCAAUUGGCAGGUCAAUUGCUUGACAAGUUUGUUGCAGAUUAUGGAAAAGUAUACCACGAAAAGUAUAUUGGUAGCAACGUUCACAAUCUGCAACAUGUAUAUGAAGAGGUACAAAAAUUAGGGCCGUUGCCUUCUAUUUCCACAUACCCCUUCGAAAACCAUCUAUAUCAUUUAAAAAAAUUAUUGCGAAGUGGGUGGAAAGAAUUACAGCAAGCCAUCAAUCGAUUAACUGAACUCGAUGAAUUUCAUGUGGCCAAAAAAACGCCAAAAACAAGAUUUCCCCGUGUUAGUAAACGAGGAAAUACCAUAACAGUUUUCAUCCAUGAAGACUUUGUCAUGCAAAACACAUUUAAGAAUAGCUGGUUUUUGACAAAGGAUGACCGCAUUUUCAAAUUUGAAGAUGUAAAUGAUGCUAACAAUUUAAGUGGGCGGGAGGUGAAACUCAAGGGCUUAGCUUUUGAUGAUCCAUUUGAAUCAAGCGUGUUAAAUAUUUCCAAAGGAUGCAGCACUACCUUAACCAAGUCAUGCAAGGAUGUUUCUAUUGAACACAUAAAGUGUAAACUAGUAGCUGUACCAACAUCUAAAAAAAAUGAAAUUAUUUUUGUUCCAUUACUUCAUACACUUGAGGAAUGAAACGA